GUGAGUGUACACUUGUUCACUUCCCUUCAUGGAUUUGAAGGAACUGACUGGUAUAAGCAAUAUGGUAGAAACGUCCUCUAGCCCAUGCCUACACCAAUCCAAUGCUUUUACAUUUCUGGGGAGUAGUGAAUGAGUGCAGGAAGAAGGAGAUAUUAUUGGGACGCACUCAAUGGUUGUGUUCCCCUGCACAGACAUUGCAUGCAUUAACCAAUGGUUGCAUGUCACUUCAUCGACUGUGCCUUUGGGCACCAGAUUGCUAUGACAUAUGAUGUGGUUAGCUGAUAUGUAAAAUACUUAUGCAGGCUUUGUCAAAUCUGGCAUGUGUCAGCAACGUUUGUGCAGAGGAAUGCCAACAAUGAGGGGAUUUGAGUAAUCUGGGCCGGGCACCCCGUUUUAAAGCCCACGUUGAAGUUGGCUCAAAACAAAAGUGAUGUAAUUAAGCACAUGGAGUAAUGAGUAAGACUCUGUGUUUUCACAUGCAAAAGUGAUUGCUUUUGAUAAAAAACGAUUUAUCUGCCAAAUUAAAAAUAGGUAGACAAUACAAAUAUAUACUGUAUGGAAAAGAGAUGUAUGUUUCUGGACAAUGCGCCAUGCUGCCUUGUUUGACGGCAUGACCGAGCAGUGCAGAUUACUGUUUGAUUUGAGAAGGGCACUCCUCCCUCACCCCUUUUGCCCGUUCAUGUCACGGGCCAUAUACUGGUGCCCCGAGGCUCAGCCUAAUUGAAUCCGCCCAACGGCUUGAUCAAGGUUCAAAUCCAGAGAGGCUGCUGAUUGGAUAAUUAAUGUUGGACCUGAGGUUUUCCAGUUAGGCUGAUUAGCAGUAGUUGACUUCACUUAUUGGUUGGCAGCACAUUGUACCUGGAAUUGACUCACUCACCCAGUGUUGAAGGUUCAGUUUUGUUGUUAGUUAAUCAUAAAUUCACAGUGAGCACUUUGCUAUGGUUUUAUCGAAUGGAAAUAGAUGCUACUCAGGUAGCGAGGCAGACUUCAGCUCCUCCAGCAGCACGGGCAGCCUGAAGAGAGGGGGGAGCCUGGCCCACAACUCAACAGGGAAGAAGAUCUCCUCACGCAGUCGUGGUGCCCACAUCAGGAGCCUCCCGGUUUUCAAGCUGGCAGGGAGCCCCUCAGCAUCCCGCGAUGCAAAGCUCUACGCCCCGUACAGGACAGUCCCCUCAUCCACCAACAGCAGCAGCAACUCCAGCCCCACAGUACCCUCCAGAAGGAUGACCCCCGUACGAUACCACUCCUGUGGGGACAACCAUGGCAUCAGACCCCCCAACCCAGAGCAGUACCUCACCCCCCUGCAACAGAAGGAGGUGGCCAUUCGCCACCUGAGGAGCAAGCUGAGGGAAGUGGAGAACACCGUCCACGACAGGGAGUCUGAGAUCGAGGAGCUCAAGUCCCAGCUGGGACGGAUGAGGGAGGACUGGAUCGAGGAGGAGUGCCACCGCGUAGAGGCGCAGCUAGCCCUGAAGGAGGCGCGCAAGGAGAUCAAGCAGCUUCGGCAGGUGGUGGAGACCAUGAAGAACAGCCUGAUGGAGAAGGACAAGGGCAUCCAGAAGUACUUUGUCGACAUCAACAUCCAGAACCGCAAGCUGGAGUCCCUGCUGCACAGCAUGGAGAUGGCCCAGAGCGGCUCCACACUGCAAGACGAGCCAACUAUGGACUUCAUCUGUGGCGACUCCGACUCCCCUGUCAAAGACAAGCAGUGGGAGGUGGGUGACCAGACGGCGGAGGAGAUGGCGGACAGUGGGCUGCUGGUCAACGACAACCUGGAGCACGUGCUCAUGUCCACGGCGGUGGACUCUAGCGGUAAGCUGCGCUGCCACCCAGAGGCUGGUCUGGGGGUGUCCACUCUUCUCCACAGCCUGGAGGAGGAGAAGAUCACACCACUGCCUCCACCACCCUCCUCCAACACGUUCUGCUACAGCACACUCCCCUUCCCCGCUCCAGAGGAGAAGGCCGUUCAGACCGAGGUGGCGUCAUUCCCUCCUGAUCUGCACGCCCUCCUGCUGCAGCUGCUGAAGCUCCAUGGUGGUGCAGUUGGAGACGCUCUCCUCCCAGCUUCUACCAGCCUCCUAGAAAUCCCAGCACUGCAGGGCCCAGACUCGGCCCCUAUCCCGUCCACUCUAAGCCUGCCCAGUCCCAGCCAGCCCACCCCAGUUCUGCCAGUGAGCCCUGACAUGUCCAGUGAUUCAGGGCUGUGUUGCUCAGACCCUGAGGUGGUGAUCUCCAUGGGCUUCAUGGAGGAGCUGGAUUUUGAGGUGAGCAGCGAGGAGCCCUGCAGGGCCCCUGAGAUGGACGUGGUCAACAAACGCUAUUGGAGCAGCAGCUUCCUUGUUGAUCUGGUUGCUGUGGCUGUACCAGUGUUGCCCACGGUGGCCUGGCUGUAUUCCCGGCAUGGCGUGGAUGGGGCGGCGCCAGUCUACAACAUCGCAGCGCUGAUCCGUGGCUGUUGCAUCAUGGGAUUGCACUCUCUCCGUCAUGUCACUCCUCAUCAUGUGGCAGAUGUGUAACGGCCUCCGACCCGCAUGCACAACCCGACCCGUCAACUUAAAGCACUUCUUAAUCUUUAGUUUUUCUACACUUGUGAAUAUUAACGCCACAGUUAUUACUUUAGGUUCCCACGCGGUUACUUUGCACUGUGUACAGUUGCUGUGCGUCAAGGCAAAAAUUGUGAAAUUAUUUAUGGUGAAGGGAUCUAUUUUGUUCAUUUUAUUUACUUUCCAUCUGUUCCGUUAUCAUAAUUGUGUAUAAACUGAUAAUCUGGGUAGGUGGUUAUGCAUCAUUGAUGUCCUGGGCUGGCACUAGUUACCCCUACUUAAACAACCAUGUUUUUUCUGAAAGUAUUAGGAUGUCUGAGGGUGGGGAUGAAAUUGAAUGUUUGAGCAAGCGUUUGAUAUGUUCCAAAAUAAUCUUAAACCUGCAGCCAAAGCGUAAUUAAUGAAUGUUCACUCUUGUUUAUUUUUCUACCUGUGAGUAGAGCUUUUUACGUAUGUGUUAAAGAAAUUUGUUAGGAGUAUGAGAUCAACGCUUCAAAACAACCCAUACUUGUUUGUGCCUGAGCUAUGUGUAAUACUCUUAACAUCAAAUGUCCUAAUAUAUUUAUUAUUAAAGCAUGAUAAUCCCA